AUGCACCAGAUGCGUACCCCCAUUGACGAAGUCAUUGGCGAUGUUGAGGACGAGUGGGGCAUCAUCCACAAUCCCAAGUUCCAACGACAACAAAGCAGACAGUCUAGUAGUCGCAUUCGGAUGGAAACUACAUUUCGUGGGGUACAAGUAUCUCUAGCGAUUGUUGCUGUACAAACACCCCACGUACCUCCGCAUCGUCGCCGGCAACGAAUACGAGCAAUGUGGGCGUUUGAUGCUGAACUGUUGGACUCACCGACCACGUAUUGCUUUGUUCAGAGACCCAUGCUCGAUGUUGGUUUCCUGACAUUGGCGCACUUUGAAGCCUACGUGCUAGAUCGACUUGAGUUUGCUGCUCACCGAUACUCGGAGUGGUUCAUAGGUAGCAGGCCCUCAUCGAUUGUACCUAUGAGCAUAGUUGCGUCUAGGUGCCCGGUUCGCGAGAAAACGAUCACAAGAACCUGCAACAAGGCGGUCAAGAAAAUAGAAAAAACGACCAAGCUGUUGACGCAGCAUUAUUCGCUUCACACUAGCGAUUCCAAGGACAAUGACAAGCACCAGUGCGUGAAACAGAUACAAAAAAUGGCGAAAGUGUCAAGCGUAUCGUGGACGCAACCGGUCGACAUUGAUCCCCGUUACAUGAACUACGAGCAUUCCCCAGCAUAUCGCGCCAGGCGUAUGGAAAAUCUUGCACGUCGUAAUGCUUUGCAGUCGUCACGCCGUAGAUCACACCAGGUCCAUACAUCAUUUAAGUGA